AAACAUAGCUAGAACUUUGUGGGAGAGCAUCUCAGUGACAGUUACUUUACAUGACAUUGUUGAAUACUUACUCACUUCUUUAACGCGGACGGUUACACGAAUUUUUUAAUGUUGGCGCAGUAGGAUACAUUUUUAGCAUAGCCUACAGUCCAGGCUGUUUUGCACAGGCUGCAAAGACAUACAUGAGACCCGAUUCCGAAAGAGCUGAAAGUCUCGGGGAUUUCUAGAAACAACGAUCUGACGUCCCGGUGACGGCUACUAUCCAGCUGUGAGCAGAGUCGGGGUCUGCAAGGUUAUAGAAAGAGACAGAAUGAGGAAGUUCCUGUCUUUCGUCCUCUGCGCUCUGCUCUGCUGCUGCUGGACAACACAGGCAGAGAUCUUCACUUCCAUAAGCCAAAUGACGGACCUGAUCUACACGGAGAAAGAGUUGGUCCAGUCUCUGAGUGAAUACAUAAAAGCAGAGGAGUCCAAACUUUCUGCCAUCAAAAGCUGGGCCAACAAACUGGAGGCUCUGACCAGAUUGUCCACCUCAGACCCAGAGGGAUACCUGGCCCACCCAGUGAACGCCUACAAACUGAUGAAGAGGCUCAACACAGAGUGGUCCGAGCUGGAGACCCUGGUGCUGCAGAACCCCUCUGAAGGGUUCAUUUCCAACAUGUCCAUACACAGGCAGUUCUUCCCAGAUGAGGAGGAUGAGAAGGGUGCAGCCAAGGCGCUGAUGCGUCUUCAGGACACGUACCAACUGGAUUCUGAGGCCUUCUCCAAAGGAAAGCUGCCAGGUAUUCACUCCAAUGUCAUGCUGACAGUGGAGGACUGCUUCGAUAUGGGGAAGACGGCGUAUAAUGACGCAGACUAUUACCAUUCUGUGCUGUGGAUGCAGCAGUCCCUAAAGCAGCUGGAUGCUGCGGAGGAAACAGAGGUUGCCAAGGGCGACAUAUUGGACUACCUCAGCUACUCUGUUUACCAAAUGGGAGACCUACCUCGAGCCAUUGAGCUGACACGGCGACUGGUGGCUAUUGAUCCCAGCCACCAGAGGGCAGGAGGAAACCUGCGUUAUUUUGAGGGCUUGCUUACCAAGCAGCUUAGCGAGCUGAACCAGGAGGACUACCCGCCGCCCUCUGAGGAGCCCAUCCAACUGGGAACCUACACCAGACCCAAAGACCACCUCCCAGAGAGAGACGUCUACGAAGCUCUCUGCAGAGGAGAGGGGCUCGGAAUGAAUGACGUGAGGCGCAGCCGCUUGUACUGCCGCUACCAGGAUAGAAACAGGAACCCUCGUCUCCUGCUGAAGCCCAUGAAAGAGGAGGAUGAGUGGGACAGCCCCCGCAUCGUACGCUACCUGGAGGUCCUGUCACACGAGGAGACUGAGAGGAUUAAGCAGCUGGCCAAACCCAGGCUUGCCAGAGCUACUGUCCGUGACCCCAAAACAGGCGUCCUGACCACAGCCAACUACAGAGUGUCCAAAAGUGCAUGGUUAGAAGAGGAAGAUGACCCUGUCAUUGCCAGAGUCAACCAGAGAAUAGAAGACAUCACAGGCCUCGAAGUAGACACUGCAGAGUUACUACAGGUCGCUAACUAUGGAGUUGGAGGACAGUACGAGCCACACUAUGACUUCUCAAGGCCUCCUUUUGACAAGAAUCCCGACGGAAAUAGACUUGCUACAUUCCUAAACUACAAAGAUGAGCCUGAUGCUUUCAAAAGAUUAGGCACUGGAAAUCGUGUGGCAACUUUUUUAAAUUACAUGAGCGACGUGGAGGCAGGAGGAGCCACCGUCUUCCCUGACUUUGGAGCAGCUAUCAGGCCUAGAAAGGGGACGGCAGUGUUUUGGUACAAUCUGUUCAAGAGUGGGGAGGGAGACUAUAGGACCAGGCAUGCAGCCUGUCCCGUCUUAGUAGGAAGUAAAUGGGUGUCAAAUAAGUGGAUCCACGAGCGAGGACAAGAGUUCAGGAGACCCUGUGGCCUGACAGAAGUGGACCAAAGUUAAACACACACUUAACAAACGUGCAAAAACACAUGCACUGUAAACACACCCUCAGUAGUGCCUUCAUUCGGUAAAUUAUUGAAUUACCCAUAGACACAUAAUUCAACACCUGGCGCUCUCUGCCUCAACUUGUCUACAUCGUAAAUGUUUUAUGAGGAAAUGAUAUCAGCCUGACGUGCGAAGAGGUACAAAACACAUGUACUCCCACACCUUCCCCACUAAAGCGAAUUAGGAAUAGGGUAACGUGUGAAUUGUAAAUCGAUUUCCUUUAUCAAAACAAAACACAGAACUAUGUCAGUGCAAUGAUGGUUUGCCAAUGUACACCCACUGUACAGUCACUAAUAUCUUAGUAUAUUUUAUUAAGUUAUUAGCAGUUCCAAAUAUGAGUUCUCUACCAAAUCUUUUGUACUGAUACCAAAAAACAAAUACUAAUGUUUUACGUUGUAAUCCUCCAUACUGCUCCAUUUACACAAUAAGAAGAUUUGUCUAACCCCUAAAAAUGAAAAGCCCUUAUUUAUGUACCUAAUAUCCUAGCUUUUAAAAACAUACAUCAAAACAUACAGUUGGUGUGUUGAAGGCCUUACUAAAAUGAUUUCAGAGCAAAUGAUUGAGGUUUCAAUGUGAUAGAUUAUUUAUUAAAGGGAAAUAAUGAAUUCAUUUUCACGUAUUUCUGAAAAGAUUGCCAAAUCUGAGUCGAGAAAAGUGACCUUUCAAUGAUUUAGUGACUCUUUUACCCAACUGUAGACUCUGUACUACAUUCAGACAUUAAAAAACCAGACACCAGAGUUGAUGGAUGCAAAGAAAAGGUAUCGGCUCUAUUUGAAGGUUUAAUAAGGAAACAUUUAAAGAAAAACAAACUAUUUACCUACAGUAUACUACUUUCAUUUUGUAGACAUAAAUAGGCUUUACUCUAUCUUCAUUUACACAUAUACUUGAUUACAUUCUUCUGACACUCUGUUUGUUAUAGUUUGCAUCUAAAGGGUAAAGGGUUUUAUUUAUCUUUAAACCUGAAAGAGAAACAUUUCCUCCAUAACAUUUCCGUGAUGUUUUAUUUAUGUAGUGUUUAAAUUAUUUCACUGUUGCAUGUUGUGCUCUUUGGUCAAGCUGGCAAACAAGCAAGUCUAAAUAAACUGUGUCUUUUAUUAAAA